AUGGGGCAAACGUGGGGGCUGCUGCUUCUCCUGGUGGGCAGUAUCUGGGCACAGUAUGAGAAAUAUAGUUUUCGGGGCUUCCCCCCUGAGGACCUAAUGCCUUUAGGCUCAGCCUAUGCCUAUGCCCUGGAGCAGUAUGAGGGUGAGAGCUGGAAGGAGAGUGCCCGUUACCUGGAGGCAUCACUGAGGCUGCACAGGCUGCUUCAGGACAGUGAGGCCUUCUGCCAUGCCAACUGCAGCGGUACCAGACCCUCCGGGGAGCACUCCCCAGCCUGGGGAACCAAAGAAGAGCUGGAGCAAGAAUGGGGUCGGGAGCUCUGGUUUUUUGGGCAGGUGUUGGAGCGGGCAGCCUGCCUGAGGCGGUGCAAACGGACCCUGCCAGCCUUCCAGGUGCCUUACCCUCCUCGACAGCUGCUCAAGGACUUCCAGAGUCGGCUGCCUUAUCAGUAUCUGCAUUAUGCCCUAUUCAAGUCUAACCAGCUAGAGAAAGCAGUGGCUGCUGCCUACACCUUCCUGCAAAGAAACCCCAAGCAUGAGACGACCACUAAGUACCUUAACUACUACAGGGGACUCCUGGAUGUGGAUGAGUACCUUACAGACCUGGAGGCCUAUCCGUAUGAGGCAGUGUUCGUCCAGGCUGUGAAGCUCUACAAUAGUGGCGAUUUCCGCAGCAGUGUUGGGGAUAUGGAGCGAGCUCUUGCUGACUAUCUCACUGUCUUUGCUAAUUGCCUGGCUGGUUGUGAGGGGGCCCAUGAGCUCUCAGACUUCAAGGACUUCUAUCCAUCUAUUGCGGACCGUUUUGCAGAAUCUCUGCAGUGCAAAGUGGAUUGUGAGGCCAACCUAACCCCCAAUGUGGGUGGCUACUUUGUGGACAAAUUCGUGGCCACGAUGUAUCACUACCUCCAAUUUGCCUACUACAAAUUGAAUGAUGUUCGACAGGCUGCCCGGAGUGUAGCCAGCUACAUGCUUUUUGACCCUGCAGACAGUGUAAUGCAGCAGAACUUGGUGUAUUACCGAUUUCACCGGGAGCGUUGGGGGCUGCAGGAGGAGGAUUUCCAGCCCCGGGAGGAAGCGAUGCUCUACCAUAACCAGACCACGGAACUCCGGGAGCUGCUAGAUUUUGCUCAUUUAUAUUUGCAAUCAGAUGAUGAGAUGGAACUAGAGGAGUCGGCACUACCACUGGAGUCAGAACCACCACCAUCAGACAUAGAGUUUGAAGGAGACGGUGACUAUGAGGAAGGCAUUUAUGCAGAUUGGUGGCAAGAGCCCAAUGCCAAGGGUGAUGAUGCAGAAGCUGAGCCUGAGCAAGCAUGAGAUGGAACUCCCUGCGGAACUCUCCAAAAUGUUGGGAUGACCAGGCCCUUCUACCUCCAAGGAAGCAGCAGCAGCUGCAACAACAAAUAUUUAUUAAAAAUUCAUGAGGAACAGAACUGGCAUGGCUCCUCCCCCACCCCCCCCCAUCCCCAAACCUCAGAGUCUCUACCUCUCCAGGUCUUCAAAUCUGCAUUCUUCAUCUCUUCUCCUCUAGUUCCUAUGGAGCCAGAGUCACUCGUAAAAUUGUCCCAGGGGGAAGAGAGAGAACUUUCCCAGUCUGCUUGGGCUCUCCUCUCCUCCUGUGCCCCAAAUCCCUGGACUCAGGAUCCCGAGGUUCUUAGCAGUGAAGCUCUGGAUAGAAGCAGCUUCAGCCCUUGGAUGCUGCCUUAAACUGGACUUUGACAAAUGUUGGAGACGUGAGGAACAGCCUACUGUAGUAGAACAGAGCAUUGGAAUAAAAUCUGGGAGGCCUGAGUUCAA